AUGUUAGAUCUACAGAAGGCAUUCGACACUGUAGAUCAUGACAUUCUGUGUUGGAAGCUUCGUGCGAUGGGAGUGGAGUCUGUGGAGUGGUUUCGCUCGUACCUAACGAAUAGGACGCAGUCUGUACAUGUUAAUGCCGCUAAAUCGGAUUUCAAAUCGGUCGUGUGUGGUGUUCCCCAAGGGAGUAUACUGGCUGGUCAACCUAAAAAAGGUAUUCCAGGUAUAAAUUCCAUUCUGCUUAUGUGUUCACUUCUUCUUGCUCAGGCGCUAUAUCUUGUCAGUAGUGCCGGUAAUGUACCUCCUGCAUCUGCAUCUUGUGCUGCCCUUGGCCUUAUUCUUCACUUUGCAUGGCUGCUGGUGAUGUUUGAGAUGAACGUGUGCACGUACCACAUGUUUUACAUGCUCGCUUCUACCAGAAUUAUAGCUGGAGGGACGAACUGGAUGCGGUGUUUUAAAUAUCAAGUGUAUGCCCUAUUGUCUUCAGUGUUCUGGGUUUGUGUCCAUGUAACACUGUCGGAAGUAAUAAAUAAUGAUAUUGGUUACGGAAAAGAACACUGCUAUAUCAAUGAACAAACUAUGCUUUUUAUUACUUUUGUGAUUCCGGUAGCAUUUGUUAUAGCUACAAAUGGCCUUAUGUUUGUAAAAGUGAUCAUUAAUAUAAGAAAAAGUCAAAGAAUUCAAAGACAUGUAGCAAAUGACAGAAACGAAAUGUGCAUAUUUAUAAAACUCUCAACCCUAACUGGUUUAACAUGGGUAUUUGGCUUAGUUGAUUCUGUAGCAGAUCUUGAUCCGGUCACCUAUAUUUUUAUCAUAUUAAAUUUAAGUCAAGGGGUUUUCCUUUUCUUUUCGUUUAUUUGUAACAGACGAACGCUGAUUGAUUUAAAAGAACACUUCAAUCUAUCAAAAGACCGUACUUUAACCUUAAGUAAUAGUGAUUCUUCGAAAAAGGCAAUACAGUCCAACAGAACAAAUGCAGCAACUCUUUAAAAAUGUAAUUAAUUGCACUUGUCAUUGUGUAUAAUUGCUAUUAUUCUGAUAUUUGUAUUAUUAUUAUAUUGAUUUGCAUAUUGCAAUCAUUUUAUUGUAUAUUGC